UGUACUUAGUGCACUGGAGUACAGCGGGAAGCUGGGAGGACGUCGCGCACACUCGCCAGCCUCCCUUCAAGGCAGAGCCCUCCUUCCGAUCCGCUCAUCCAGCCAAGCGACUUGGCUAUGGCUACGUCUAUCCUUGGGCACCAUCCCGGGGAGCAAGUGACCGUCUGGAUCGAGCUAGGCGGGACAAGACUGAACCUGGAGUUUUCCCUUUGUUUGCUUUUUUAAAGAGAAUCCACUGCGCCCCAACUUUUGGCAAGGACGCCUUUGAUUUGGGUGCAUCCGGGGCCUCCUCCUGAAGAGCCACGCUUUGGAACCACGCCCUUGGCCAUGCUGGCCGCCACCUGCAACAAGAUCGGGAACACCAGCCCGCUCACUACCUUGCCCGAAUCCAGCGCCUUCGCCAAGGGCAGCUUCCACCCUUGGAAACGCUCCACCUCCAGCUGCAACCUGGGCUCCAGCCUGUCCGGCUUCACUGUGGCUACUAGUCGGGGCUCCAGCGGGCUGGCCAGCGGCAGCGGCACAGCCAACAGCGCCUUCUGCCUGGCUUCCACCUCGCCCACUUCUUCGGCCUUCAGCAGCGAUUACAGCGGCCUUUUUUCCAACUCGGCGGCGACGGGCGUGUCCCCCCAAGAGCCCGGCGGACAGUCGGCCUUCAUCUCCAAAGUGCACAGCUCGGCGGCAGAUAGCCUGUAUCCACGGGUGGGCAUGGCGCACCCGUACGAAUCGUGGUACAAGUCCGGCUUCCAUUCCACGCUGGCGGCCGGCGAAGUGGCGAACGGGGCGGCCUCGUCGUGGUGGGACGUUCACACCAACCCGAGUUCGUGGCUGGAGGUGCAGAACCCAGCCGGAGGCUUGCAGAGCUCGCUGCACUCGGGCGCCCCCCAGGCCUCCCUCCACUCCCAGCUGGGCACCUAUAACCCGGCCGACUUCAGCUCCCUCACCCACUCGGCCUUCAGCUCCACCGGCCUGGGCUCCACGGCUGCCUCGCACCUGCUCUCCACCAGCCAGCACCUGCUAACCCAGGAGGGAUUCAAGCCCGUGCUCCCUUCCUACACGGACUCCAGCGCCGCCGUGGCCGCGGCCAGCGCCAUGAUCUCGGGAGCAGCGGCCGCGGCGGCGGCCGGAGGAAGCUCAGCGCGCUCCGCCCGACGUUAUUCGGGCCGGGCCACUUGCGAUUGCCCCAACUGCCAGGAAGCCGAGCGUUUGGGCCCGGCGGGCGCGAGUUUGAGGCGCAAAGGGCUGCACAGUUGCCACAUCCCCGGCUGCGGGAAGGUCUACGGCAAGACGUCGCACCUCAAGGCGCACCUGCGCUGGCACACGGGCGAGCGGCCCUUCGUCUGCAACUGGCUCUUCUGCGGCAAGCGCUUCACGCGCUCCGACGAACUCCAGCGGCACCUGCGGACUCACACCGGCGAGAAGCGCUUCGCCUGCCCGGUCUGCAACAAGCGCUUCAUGCGCAGCGACCACCUGAGCAAACAUAUUAAAACGCACAACGGGGGAGGCGGGGGCAAAAAGGGCAGCGACAGCGACACGGACGCCAGCAACUUGGAGACGCCCAGAUCCGAAUCGCCGGACCUUAUCCUGCACGAGGCGCGAGGCAAGGACUCCACAACGGGGCCCAAUGACUCUUAAAGAGGAGGAAAAAAAAAAAAAGAGCGGGAGGCGGCGGCGGGAGAAGUUUUUGGCGGGACGGGAGCCCGCCAACUAGAGUGCGAGAGAAAGGAGACGCGCGGGGGGAGAAGCCAAAAGCGGCGGUCGCGGCGUCGCCGCCACUCGGGCUCGGCUGUUCCGCGAGUUUUUGUUUUUUAAAGCAAACGGGGUGGGGUGGAUGUAAAGGUGAAGCGGAGGGCGAGCUGUUAAGACUUUCAGACUGUUGGAGAGACCUUGAACCCGGCCCUCCAGGCAGAGACAAUGCAACCAUUUCCCCCAAACAAUAAAACAACGAGCUUCAUCUUCCUGGCGAAGAGCAAUACAAGUGGCCGGAGAUUUAUUAUUAUUUUUUCCUCUCUGCCAACCCCUCCUUGUCACGCACAUUCACCUUUCUCUCCCUCCACCCCACCCCAAAAAUAACAAGACUCGCCACGAACAGCCGCACAAAAACGGAACUCGCCACCCGGGACUACGGUGCUUUUCUUUUGGAGUGAUUAUAGUAUAGUUAUAAAUCUAAAUUUACUGCAGACAAACGGCAAAGUCUUAUUUGGUGAAAUAUUCUACAAUGAUGGUUUUAUAUUUAAAUCUGAAAAAUCCCGUGGCGCGCCUGUGCGCCGUAUAUACACCCAGACACAUAUACAAAGGCUGAAGGUGAGAAACCAAACUGGAAAAUACCCGGAGACGGUUUAUCUCUUGUGAUUCAUCAAAGCUAUGUAUAAGUAGGAUCCCAAAACACUCCCCCCCCAUUGUGUUCUCUUUUUCCCCCUUGUAAAUGUCAGUUCUGAUUUGAGGGGGAGGGGUGAAUUCCUGAAACUCAGAGGAAUUCUUUUUUUCUAAUUAUUAUUUCUGAUGCACUUUGUGGAGGUCAGUAUAUAUGUAAAAUAUAUUUAAAAUGUUGAGUUUAACAUUUCACUCGCACCAGUAAUUUAAGGUUGUUUAAAGAGAUUUAAUGCGUUUAUCUGUAUUGGAAAAAAAAUCUUGACAUAUUUUCAUUUUGGUAUUAUUAAAGGAUUCUGAACAAUG